UCACUGUCUAGUGCGUGCUAGGCAAAUGUUCUGCAGCCUCCUCCCUUCCACCACUUCUGCCGUUAAAUUUCUUUUAGCUUAAUAAGAAGACUUUAGUCCUAGUACUUGGGGCAGAGGCAGGUGCAUCUCUGAGUUCGAGAUCAGCCUGGUCUACAGAGUUUCAGGCAAGCUAGAGCUACCGUCAAACAGGCCAUCCUCCUGCCUCAGGCUUUAAAGUAAUUGAGGUUCUAGGGAUGCAUCACACCCAGCUGAUCUAAGAAUUUUGCGUACACAAAAUUUACUUACUAACGCUCACGGCAAUUAUAUGAAGUGAGCACCGUUACAAAUCCAUUUUUAUGGAGAAGGGAAUUGAAGCUGUGCUUUCUUUGAUAGUUUUUGGCUUUGUUACAGAGCAGGGCUGUAGGCGCUGUUGUCAAGCGCUCUCACGGAGCCACACCCCUAGCCAGCCAGGGCGCUAAGUGGCUUUUCUGUGCCGAACCUCGAGUCUGAGCAGAGCUGGGCGCACUCUUGAAAGGGUACAGUAAAGUACUACGAUGCGAGCCACCCCUUUGGCUGCUCCUGCUGGUGUUCCCUGCAGGAAGAAACCGUUGGAGUUCCAGGACAACAUUGACUCCGAAUGUCCAGAACUAAAACGAGUGAGAGGUGGGCCCGAACCUGGGCCACCCCCCUGCCUGCUGCCCCCCAGCCCACCCGCUGCCUCAGAUUUGUCACCUGCUGUGGCCCCUGCAACCAGGCUGGGGCCCUAUGUCCUUUUGGAACAAGAGCGGGGCAGCCACACUUACCAGGCUCUGCACUGCUCCACAGGCAUGGAGUAUACCUGCAAGGUGUACCCGGCCAGCGAGGCCCAAUCUGUGCUGGCACCCUAUGCUCGACUGCCGACCCACCAGCACGUGGCCCGUCCUGCAGACAUCCUGCUGGGUUCUCAGUUCCUCUACACCUUCUUCAUGAAGACCCAUGGGGACUUACACAGCCUGGUGCGCAGCCGCCGUGGAAUCCCUGAGCCCGAGGCUGUUAAACUUUUCCGGCAGAUGGCUGCUGCGGUGGCGCACUGCCACCAACACGGGCUUGUCUUGCGUGACCUCAAGCUGCGUCGUUUUGUCUUCAGCAACUGUGAGAGGACGAAGCUGGUGCUGGAGAACCUGGAGGAUGCCUGUGUGAUGACUGGACCAGACGACUCUCUGUGGGACAAGCAUGCAUGCCCUGCCUACGUGGGACCAGAGAUACUCAGCUCCCGGCCAUCCUACUCUGGCAAAGCAGCUGAUGUCUGGAGCCUGGGCGUGGCGCUCUUCACUAUGCUGGCUGGUCACUACCCAUUCCAGGACUCUGAGCCGGCUCUGCUUUUUGGCAAGAUCCGCAGAGGGACCUUUGCCCUGCCUGGGGGUCUAUCAGCCCCAGCCCGCUGCCUGAUCCGCUGUCUCCUUCGUAAGGAACCUUCACAGCGACUAGCGGCCCCCAGCAUCCCCCUGCAUCCCUGGUUAAGGGAGGACCACAGCCUUGUCUCCCCUCCACAGUCUGGCCACUGGGAUACUGACCAGGUGGUCCCAGAUGGGCCAGGGCUGGAGGAGGCUGAGGACGAGGAGGUGGGACUGUAUGGCUAGGGCCACCCUGCUGGCCCUUCAGCUGCAAGCUGUGGAUUGCAUACCUGUCUCCAAGCUUUCUCCUGUCUCUUUGGACCAAGCUAAACCUGAAGUGCCUUUCAGGAGGAAGAAACAGCCACUGUGCCUCAUGCAUUCUGUGAUCUCCCACAGGCACUGUGGAGGGUGAGGCUCCCUGGGUGCCAAGCCCUGUUCUAGGCGCUGUGAACACUUAACAAAGAGCUAGUGGGGAGAAAAAUACCUUGCUAGCCGAGUUGCCGCAGUGCCACAUGCUCCCGGGCCAGCCUCUUGCUUUCUGCCCAGGGCACAUUUCAUAUCAGGCUUGGCCUUCUCUGAGCUGGUGCUAGGCUUCGGUUCACAGGACAGCCCCCUUCAUCAGUGCCCCAGAUGCCUUGUGUCUCCGUGCCAAAGACCAAAGACCUCAACCCGGACCUCAGGCCCACCUGUCAGGCCAGGCUGGGAAUGUGCUGCCUGGAUCCGGUCUCCAGGCGCGAAAGCCUGCUUGAAGACUUGGCCCAAGAGCCAAGACAAAAAGGAUGAGAAUCCCACAAAGAAGCAUCCGCCUCAGGGAAUGAGGGUCUGGGUCCCUUCACUCUGGUGGUUUCUAGCUGGAGCACUACCAGCUGGAGAGGGAAGGACAGGACAGGGACCAUCCUACUGCCACACGGAAAGUCUCAGGCCCUGUGCUGGGGACUCUUAGUACUCAGGUUCAUUGCCAGUACGCUGGCUUUUGUUCGGUUGAGUUUGUAUUUUCACUAUGUGCCUAAUAAAGGAGAACCAUUCUAUA